GUAGUACAUUCAUGCAUGUAUUUUGUACACGAUCAACCACGUAGACGUUCUUAUACCGGUACCGGUGAAGAAACCCUUCCCACCUUUCACUAUUUGUUGAAAUUUGUCUACAUCUGUGAUCAAAAUGGUAUUAGAUCUUGAACUUUUCCGCGCAGACAAGGGUGGAAAUCCUGAGAAGAUCAAGGAAAGCCAGGCGAAACGAUUCAAAGAUGCGACUCUCGUCGAUAAAGUUGUGGAAGCCGACACAGAAUGGCGAAAAUUACGGUAUCAAGCAGACAAUCUCAACAAGCUGAAAAACCUGUGCAGUAAAAUGAUUGGAGAAAAAAUGAAGAAAAAGGAGCCAGUUGGAGAUGAGAGUGAACCAGUACCCGAGGCAGUUACUGCACAGCUAGGAGACCUCACACGGGAGAUACUAGACUCACACUCACUGUCUGUAGCACAGCUGAAGAAGGUUAGACAGCUCGUUGAAGAUGGUAUCAUAGAGUGUGACAACAAGAGGAAAGAGUGUGGAGAUAAGAGGAAAGCCAGUCUGUGGGAGAUAGGCAAUCUGCUCCAUGACUCUGUACGUGUCAGCAAUGAUGAGGAUGAGAAUGUGAUAGAGAGGAUGCAUGGUGACUGCACGGUGCGUAAGAAGUACUCCCAUGUUGAUCUUAUCCACAUGAUUGAUGGCAUGGAGGCAGAGAGAGGGACUGUCGUCGCUGGCAACAGGGGAUACUUCCUCAAGGGAGCAGCUGUCUUCUUGUCACUAGCCGUUCAACAGCAUGCACUUCGUAUCCUCACCUCCAGAGGUUACACGCCCCUCUACACACCGUUCUUCAUGCGCAAAGAGAUUAUGCAAGAGGUCGCCCAACUUAGCCAAUUUGAUGAUGAACUCUAUAAGGUGGUAGGAAAAGGAAGUGAGAAGUCGGAAGAGAAUACCAUUGAAGAGAAAUAUUUAAUAGCCACAUCAGAGCAGCCCAUUGCAGCAUUCCAUAGAAACGAGUGGAUGUCUCCGUCAGAGCUGCCCAAGAAGUAUGCAGGGUUUUCAACUUGCUUCCGGCAGGAGGUUGGGUCACAUGGUCGAGACACUAGGGGCAUCUUUAGAGUUCAUCAGUUUGAAAAGAUUGAGCAGUUCUGCUUUGCCUCGCCUAAAGAUAACAUGUCUUGGUUGCUGUUUGACGAGAUGAUGGAUAAUGCAGAAAAGUUCUGUCAAUCUCUUGGCAUUCCAUACAGGAUAGUAGGAAUUGUCUCAGGUGCAUUGAACAAUGCAGCAGCCAAGAAGCUGGAUCUGGAGGCAUGGUUUGCUGGAUCAGGUGCAUUCAGGGAGCUGGUAUCAUGCUCAAACUGUACCGAUUACCAGGCCAGGAGGUUGCUUGUACGCUAUGGACAGACAAAGAAAAUGAACGCCAGUGCGGAGUAUGUGCACAUGUUGAAUUCUACUAUGUGUGCCAGCACACGAGUGGUUUGUGCUAUCUUAGAGAACAACCAAACCGAGACUGGUAUAGUGAUUCCAGAAGCUAUCAGAGAAUUCAUGCCUCCAGAGUACAAAGAAUUCAUCAAGUUCACCAAACCAUCACCAAUUGAUGAGCAACAAACCAAGAAAGAGAAGAAACAGAAAGAGGGAGGAAAGAAGAAGGGUAAAGCACAGGAGAGUGGAGAUGCAGCAGCAGCCAAUGCUGGAGAGGGUAUUGCAAAAGGAAUAGAAAACAUGGCUGUCGACCAAUGAUGUCUGCUGCACAUGGAUUCAUAGUAGAUAUUUAAUUGUAACCUCCCAUCUUUCUUUUUGCAAAGCUUCAAAGAUUUUAGGCCCAGGAACCCUUUUAUGUUAAAAAACAUACUCCUUGCAAAUGCAUAGUGAAACUCUUCACUGUUAGCCUAAAUUGUCCAUAUGAAAAAUAUUGUCUGAUUUAGGUAAUUUUUUAAAAUUGUAUUAUUGUAUUAUUUCCUAUUUGUAUGAAGAUGCAAUGAUGAGGUGAAGAAUGUGUAUUGUAGAUUUGCUUUCUGUUUUCUCUAUCCUUCUCUCUCCCUCUCUCUUUCUCUCUCAUCCUUUACUUUAUGUUUAAUUUUCACCGCUAACCUCUUUCUUUUAGAUUUUUGUUUUACUUUUAGUCUUUAUCAAAGAAAUCAUUGCAGUGUGUCAUGAAACUGUCAUAAAUAAGUACAACUUGCCUGACAAUCUAUUGAAACGUGUUUAUCAAAUUCAAUACGCAUUUUAAUGGAGUGAUGUUGACUUGUAAUUAUGACGGCUCCUUGAAGCAUAAUUUCCAACCAUCACCUUCCUAAUCUUGACUACAAUAAUUACUUUCUGCUCAGGGUACUCCUUUCUUAUGGUGGAGACUAUUUACAUCAAAUAAUUAUUGAUGGUUAUCACUCCUAUCCUGUAGCUUAACCUGGAUCAAGUGUCUUCAAAAAUAUUUACUGGUAUACGGCUCUUUGUUUUUCUGCAUUCCAGUGUACAUUAAAAGGAGAUUUGAUCUAUAUCUCUCCAUGAUUUCCCUCUGAUAUCAAUUUAUUUCUUCUUCCAAUUUAUAGUUUGUAGUUCCUUGGGGACGACUUUAAGUAACUGUAUGCAGAAUAUAUGUAACAAAUUCAAAUCAAACAUUGAAUGCAUAACAUUUUUCUUACUGUCUUGUUAAUGAUAUUGCUUUUGCAGUAGAUGAAUUCAAGUUCAGUAUUUUUUUUGUGAAAAGAUUAUUUCAUUUGAGCAAAAUUAAAUUGCAUUUCUUAUGAUUUGCUCAAAAUACACCUGAUAUGCGUGAUGUGAUACAUGACUGUACAUCAUGAUAUUGUGGAAGCAUGGAUGAUAUUGUAUUUAUUGCUUUUGGCUUGUAGCUUGUAGUUGUCAGUUUGGGGGAAAUAUUUGACAUAUGUGUUGUGAAGUCAACCAAAGGCAAUGAGAAAGUUACACGGGAAAGAUUUCAUCAACUCACAUUGACAAGUAGUGUCCUCCUUCUGAUCUUUUUUGUUUUCCUUCUGAAACCGUUCUUAGAGUAAGUGGUUUUAUCACUUUGGCUUCUUUAUACUGGGACUGUGCAAAACAAAUUGUACAAAAGAGUACAGAGUUUGUGAGUGCUCUUUUAUUAUUGUACUUAUGUUUAUGUGAAAGAGGAAUUAGAUUACUUACUAUGUUCAAUUUUUAUUUUACUCUAAACAGUUAUUAAUACUAUAGAGGAAUACUUUUAAGUAUGUUAGCAAAAUUUAUCCUUCAUAAUUCAUGGGUAUUUUGUAAGGGCUUCUGCAUAUAAUUCAGUCAGCUCCAAUGUUUGCGGUUCAAAGGAAAUGAUACUUUGUGUAUAUCAUUUUUUGAUUAGUGGCUGGGUUUAAACAAUAACAUUAAAUGAAAGAAUAACAGCAAUAUCUCCUGAUAGGCUGAAUAGAGCUCAAACCUUGCUCUUGAUCCCCUAAUAAGAAGGAAAGUUGCUCUUUUCACGCGCCUUUUGUUGAUAUUUUUAAGUAUUCAUCACUACUUAGAAAUAUGUUCUUUGAAACAAGUUAUUUCAUCAAUAGUUGCCUCUUUGUACCCAGAUUUAGUUAUGGUCAUUUUGUUAGGAGGUAUUUUUUGUGUUAUACGUCGAUGGAAUCAUGCCUUGUUACAGGGCAAUGAUCUUCAACCUUUGUUGUGAUGAUUGAAACAGAAUGAAGGACAGUCCACUACAUUUACCUGCAUGAUGCAAAGUCUAUCACAUUUUGAACGACUUGCUCUUACCAUUGAUUAACUGUUCAAAGAAAUCUUGCUUAAUUCUUUAUUCACCAUGUAUGGAAACCCUUGACUGCUACAUUGUGUGAAGUAUAUCAUUCAUGUACCGCUGUACGUCUGAUGGAGUUAAGAGUUAUGAGAAAAUGUGCUUGAAGUUGUAUUUAUGCAAUGCCUCUUGACAACCACCUUCUAAAAAUAAGAAAAAUUUCGGCACAAAUAGAAGCAUGGAUAGACAGUUUGUCAUAUGUAUGGUGGGCUGUUACAUCCAUUACCUUGAAAAUAUGGCCAUGACUGUUAUUAUUUGAUUUUUCACCUGGCAGCAUAAAUCAGUACAAUGUCAAUGAGAAAGAUAUAUAUGAUGUGAACAAUACAAAGUUAUAGUUAAAAUGACCCUUUUCAUUUCAAUUUUACUACGUGUUCAGCGGAGUGUUAAGUAAUCAUGGAGGAACAAUGUAAGCAGACCAUUGCAACAAAUUAUGCUAUAAAUAUUAAAACCUAUCAUAGUUCUUUUUUCUUUUUUAGUUUAGGCCUGAUUAUGUAGAAUUAAGUUACACAUUUCUCUGUCUUUAUGUAUGCCUAGGUCUCAUUAUUUGAGAUGUAUGUAUUAUAUUUAAUUAAACAUCCUUCCAUAAAUGCAAA